UGAACACUCUCGUCACUCCAUUAUUUUCGCUUCUCCAUCACCAUGCAUCUCACCAACCCGUUCGCGGUCGCGCUUUCGAUCGCCAGCAUUGCUGUCGAGGCAUCGCCCGUCAACAAACGAGCGGAUGUUCCUAUCGCUGCUUCCUGCGAGACACUCAUAACCGCUGGCGCCUCCGGCAUAUUCACGACUAGCAGCGGACAGGCCUUCCAAUUGCAGUGCGGUGUAUCGGGCACCGGUGUAGCGAUCGCGGGUGCAUCUACUACCGAACGCUCUUUCCAGGGAUGUUUGAACGCUUGUGGCGGAGGCUCUGGAACUUUGAUUCCUGCACUUCCUUCGCUUCCUGCGACCUCUUCCACUGCCUCUCGCUCCACCAGCAGCAAGACGACCACUCCCCUCCAAUUGCCAACGACGAGCCUUCCGGCUAUCGGUACUCCGAGUCUCCCUGGUCUCAGCUCCACCACGAUUGAGCUGCCGGCUUUCACUACGCCCACGCUCUCAACUUUCACGACCCCUAAGCUGCCGACCAUCAGCACCACCAGUAUCAAGUUACCGACUUUCACCACUCCUACGCUCCCGGCUUUGACAACUCCCGAUACCCCGACACUCUCGACCCCUAAGCUUCCAUCUCUCAGCACCACUAGCAUUAAGCUGCCGCCGUUCUCUGCUCCUACACUCCCGGCCUUUACGAUCCCUAACCUCCCGAUAUUCUCGACUCCUAAGCUUCCAUCUCUUAGCACCACCAGCAUUAAGCUGCCGUCGCUCUCUGCUCCGAGCGCUCCGUCUCUGAGCACCACUAGCAUCAGGUUGUCGUCAUUCUCCGCUCCAAGCCUCCCGACAUUUAUCUCGAGCAGCGUCAACUUGCCGUCGUUCUCGGCUCCAAGCCUCCCGGCCCUCCCCACGUUCACCACGAGCAGUAUUAACUUGCCGUCGUUCUCGGCUUCAAACCUCCCGGCCCUCCCCACGUUCACCACGAGCAGCGUCAACUUGCCGUCGUUCUCGGCUCCAAGCCUCCCGGCCCUCCCCACGUUCACCACGAGCAGCGUCAACUUGCCGUCGUUCUCGGCUCCAAGCCUCCCGGCCCUCCCCACGUUCACCACGAGCAGCAUCAGACUGCCCUCCUUCUCUGCUCCAAGUCUCCCGACCUUUACCACGAGCGGUGUCGAACUCCCGGCCUUUUCCACACCAAGCCUUCCAGCUUUCUCCACACCAAGCGCUCCAGCUUUCACUACACCCAAGCUCCCGACGUUCUCUAACCCAACCAUUCCGGCCUUCUCCACUCCAAGCGUCCCAGCUUUCUCCACACCAACCGCUCCAACUUUUACUACUCCUAAAUUCCCGGCCUUCUCUACUCCAAGCAUUCCGGCCUUCUCUACUCCGAGCAUUCCAGCCUUCUCUGCAUCAGCCUUUACCACCCCAAGCCUGCCCGCUUUCUCAGCUCCGACCUUCACUACCUCCAAGGUCGACUUCACCACCACUAAUCUCCCGACUUUCACUCUUCCGGCUUUCACCACUCCUAGUCUCCCGGCUUUCACGGCACCUACAAUCACUACCCCUACGAUCAGCCUUCCCGCCCUGACUCUGAGCUCCGCCUCCGCCCCUGCGACUCCAUCCGUAUUCCUCUCCUCGUGCGCUGAUCUCUUGCGCCGUGGCUCCACCACUUCUUUCAACGGCCAAAACUUCGACCUCGCGUGUGGCUUCGAAAUUGUGGGCACCGUGAUCGACUCCAACUCCUUGACGAACCCAUCCUUCGAGCGCUGUGGCCAGACUUGCACAGCACUCGACGGUUGCGCCGGCUUCGCCUACGAAUCUAGCAGCGAGAUCUGCGUGCGCUACUCGAGCGUCAAGAACCUCAUCGCCACGGGCACUUUCGAUGCUGGUGUCCACAUUCAGCUUCCCUUCAGUGCUCAGCUCCCUACUGCUACCUUGUUGCCGAGCAUCGCCCUUCCCACGAUUGCUACGACUUCUCUGAGCAUUGCCGCUCUUCCCACGAUUGCUGUUUGAAGAAAUUGUGAUGUUCUGGCGUUGAGGAUGAGGUUUGAGGAUGAGGAGGAGGACGUUGAGGAUUGUACAGUUUCGUCACUCUCUGUAGACCGUAUCUAUCUCAAACCUUCACGUCGUGCUUUG